AUGAAGGUCUUCUCCUCGGCUCUGCUCACUCUGCUGCUGGCAGCUCUCUGAACAGGAAGCCAGAGUGUCUCCUUCCGCAGUCCCUACGGCGCGUGCUGCUACAAGGAGAUGUUCAUCCGGCAGAAAAUCCCUGACUUUCUCAUCAGGAGCUACCAGAAUACGCCUUCCCACUGCUCCCGCAGGGCUGUGCGUGUGGAGCUGCGGAAGGGGAAGAAGUUUUGCGUGGACCCGGAGGAGGGCUGGUUCCAGAAGUAUCGGAAGCAGAAAGAGUCAACCAGAGCCUCCACCCUGGUCACCAAGAAGAAGAAGAAGGAGCUGUGCGCGGACCCCCGGGCGCCCUGGGUGCAGGCGCACCUGAAGCACUUCCAGACCCUCAAGAACUGA